AUGGAGAAUGAGGAGUCGAUGGGGAGGGCAGUUGCAGUGUGGGAGAGUGUAGAUCGAGUGACUGUAGGGAGGGACAGUGCUCAGAGGGGGCCUGCAGAGGUGAAGAGUGUAGAAAGAGGUCAAGCAAUCCCCUCUGACCCUUAUAGCAUUGGGGUAUGGGAGCAACUCCCCAGCAUAGGUGAACCCACAUUGUCCUAUGACCUGGCCCAGGCUAGACCACACUGCCCAGGCAAUCAGCUCCAUUGCCUGGAAGGUAGGCCAGCAGUCGGGAUCUGGUAUCUUGGGAGAGGAACCUGUGGGGAUCUGGGUCAACCUCAGGCAGUCUCCAAGCUCUCGGUGCAAGCUGAUCCUGUGGGGGUCCUCAGGUGCCAGUGUCUGGGGAAUAGUCAUGCCAUUAUUGAAGAAACAGACUGUGUGAAAAGUGAAAGGGUUCCUAAUCCAAUCUACGACCACUCGCCUCUAAGACCAGAAGGCAAAACCCAGAGAACAUUCUGGCAGCAGUCAGGCGGAAACCUGCAUUUCCACAGCACCACCUUGAGACAUUGGUCACCGGUCAGAUAUUCCAGGUCAGAGCCAGGAAGGCGUUGUCUCCCUUGUUCCUGUGCCUGUGACCUGAAGAAUGGUGUUGACCCCAGCCGAAAACAGCAAAAGACUGACGCAGUGGACGGGCAAAUCAUUAGCCAGCUCCAGCGGAUAAGUAUGGAGGACCCAGCACCGCCAAUCAAUAUAGAGAUGGAUGCGGAGGAGGCGAGAUUGAGAACCUUCCAGAACUGGCCGGCUGGCUUCCCCAUCCAACCACAACAACUGGCCCGUGCUGGCUUCUUCUACACUGGUCACCGUGACAAUGUGAAAUGUUUUCACUGCGAUGGAGAACUACGAAACUGGGAGCUGGGAGAUGAUCCAUGGAUGGAGCAUGCAAAAUGGUUUCCACGCUGCGAGUACUUACUCCAAGUGAAAGGGAGGGAUUAUGUGAACAGGAUUCAGGAACUGCAUUCCAAUAUCAUCGAGUCAGCGGUGGGUUCAUUUCAGGUUGAAUCGCAGCCACAACCGACCUCCACGCAAGAUCUGACUGGACAUGCAGCACAAUCUCCUCUCAUGCAGUCUGCCGUGGUUCAACACGUGCUGCAGAUGGGGUUUGAUCGCAGUCUGAUUGAGAGUUUGGUUCGUAGCAAGUACCUGAUGUGUGGGAGCCAGUACAGCUCAGUCAGUGACCUACUCUCUGAUCUCCUGGGAGCUGAGGAGGGAGGGAGAGAAAGGAGACAGCAAAACACAGACUUGAGUGCUGAAGAACAACUACGGCAACUCAAGAAUGAACGAACCUGCAAAGUGUGCCUGGAUAAAGAGGUCUCCAUCGUCUUUAUCCCUUGUGGGCACUUGGUGGUGUGCAACGACUGUGCUCCUAAUCUCCGGACGUGUCCAAUAUGUCGAGCAAUCAUCAGGGGCAGUGUACGAGCCUUCAUGUCCUAA